AUGGAUGAAAAAACAGCUGCAAUGAAAAUACGUAUCGAAGGUGACGAUAUACAAGAGAUCACAAUGGCUAAAGUUGCAUUUGAUACAUUGAUGAAAGGAAUGGAAUAUAGAUACAAAGACGAUAGAGAGAAAACAAGAUUUAUUUUUGAUCAUGAUGGCACGACAGCAUUACAAAAGAUUCAAGACGAAACUGGUACUUAUAUAUGCUGCUGUUAUUCAGAUUCAUUCCUACGAAUUUACGGCGAUAAUCAAGCACCUGAUAUAGCUGCAGCACGUAUAGAUGAAUAUAUAGAGAAUAUUUUAAAUAAUAGAAAUUUUACAAUCACAUUAGACAUUCCCAAAGGUUACAUCCGACAUGUAUUAAAAUUGAGUACAAAUUAUCAAGAUACGAUUGGAAAGGAGUUUCAUGUUAAAAUAAAUAUAUCAGAUGUUAAACGUCAAAUACAAAUUACUGGUAAAAAACAGAAUAUCAUAAAUGCUGAAGAAGCAAUUAAGAAGAACUGGUCAGCUACACUUACAGAACAGCAAUUAUUGCAUAACAACAAUGCAACUACGACCAACAAUGAAUGUCCAAUUUGUUGUGAGAUCGCCAAUUAUACUUUACAAGCAUGUGGACAUAUUUCGUGUUUAAAUUGCCUUAAACAAGAAUUAUCAAGAAAGUUUGAUACAACACUUAGCAAUGAAAGCAUUAAGAUUAAAUGUGUAAUGCAAGAAUGUAAUUCAGUACUUUCACUGAGAGACAUCAAAACAAUAAUUGAUCGAGAAAAUAUGUCUAAGUUAGCACGUGCAUCAUUUCAAGCUUUUCUUAAGACAGAUAUGGAUAUUGUUCAAUGUAUGAGUACAGAUUGUAAGCAAGUAAGAAAAGGAUUUUCUUAUAAAUAG